UCAUGCUGCUGCCAAGUCCAGAGUCUCUCAUGGGUCCCUGUACGGCCUCCCAUUGCUGCUGUCUCCAUCGCCACACUCUGCUGCCAUGUGCCACUUUCAGGUCUCUUCACACUGCUGGUGUGUUAAAUUUUUUGACAUAGGGUGCAGGCAGAUUACGGGCCUCACAUAGCUGCUGCCAGGCCCCUAAUCUGCCAUGGGCCCCUAUAUACCGCCUCCUCAUGCUGCUGCCAAGUCCAGAGUCUGUCAUGGGUCCCUGUACGGCCUCCCAUUGCUGCUGUCUCCAUCGCCACACUCUGCUGCCAUGUGCCACUUUCAGGUCUCUUCACACUGCUGGUGUGUUAAAUUUUUUGAC